ACAGCCCGAUGCAGGCGGCAGGCAGUCAGCCGCCGACUACGCUGCGCGGCAGUCCUUUUGUCCGUGUGACGAGCGCUCCCCGCGCACCUCUCGUAUAGUUCGCGCGACACAACCGCCGCGCGAGUGCCCAUUGGAGUUUUUACCUGUGAAACCUUGUGAUCGUUUUAUAGUGCGCACUGGAGUGUGAGAUCGUUUGUGUUCAGUGAUACAUAUAUAAUAUCUGGUGCAUCGUGUGGAGAGCCGGUUCACCUCGUGCGCGGGGCCGGUUCCGUGUGCCGCCGCGGGACUGUGCUUACUGCUCUCUGCUCAGUGCUUUCUAAACGGCUCGCGUACAAGUGCGUGUCCUCGGUUAGGACUGUCUGUGUCGCGACUCGCCACUAUAAGAACAAAAAACAGGCGCGCCGGUCGCGUCAGCCGCGGCAGCGACACCACCAUCACUAGCGCCGGGGCGCCAGAACCGCUGCAUGAGAGGAGGCGCGCAGUGCAUGCGUGAGGCGCGAUGUGCGUCGCGCGCGCGUGGCUGGUGCUGGCGGCGGCGGCGUGGGUGGCGCGCGCCGGGCCCGGGCCUCCCAGCGCCCCCGACCCACAGCUGCGGUUCGCGCACCCGCUGUACAACGUGAGCAUCGCCGAGAACAGUCCGCCGCGCACCUACGCGCUCCAGCCGCCCGCCGCCGACCCGCUCGGCGUGCAGCUGCCCGCGCAGGGUGCGCGCGUGCGUUUCCGCAUCAGGCACGGGGACCGCGACAAGUUUUUUAAAGCGGAGGAACGGACCGUUGGCGAUUUCUGCUUCCUGUCGGUGCGUACGCGCGCCGGUCUUGCCGACGUGCUCAACCGCGAGCGCCGUUUUUCGUACCGGCUGGACGUGCGCGCCACUGCGCAGCUCCCAGGCGGCCGCCAACUGGAAGCGGACACGGUAGUCGCCGUCACUAUCGAUGACGAAAAUGAUCUAAGCCCGUUCUUCGAACCAGCGCAGUAUGAGGUGGUAGUACCCGAGGACACCGCGCCGCAUGCCAGCAUCGUCCGCGUCUCUGCAGAGGAUGCCGAUGUUGGCCUCAAUGGAGAGAUUUACUACAGUUUCGCGGAGCUGAAGGAAGGAUUUGCGGUGCAUCCGACCUCCGGUGUGAUUACUUUGACCCGAGCCCUGUCGGCAGCCGAGAGCGCGCGCCAUGAGCUGACGGUGUUGGCGCGGGAUCGCGCCUCGCUGUUGACGCGUGGCGAACAUGCGCCCGCCGCACGUGCUUCCGUCACUGUGCGCGUCACACGCGUCAACCUCCACGCACCCGAGCUGCGCGUGCGCUCCUUGCCUGACCUUGUUGAGAAUUCCACCGUUGAGAUUUACGCAAUUGUAGAAGUGACUGACCGUGACGCGGGGGAACACGGCCGGAUUGCCAGCCUCGAGAUAGUGGACGGCGAUCCCGACGGACACUUCCGCGUCAGGCCCUCUGCGCAAGCCGGCGAAUACGACGUUCUAGUACACACUCUACUCGAUCGAGAGACGGCACCGCGUGGAUACAACCUGACGUUGCGCGCCCAAGACGCCGGCCGACCGCCGCGCGCUUCCUACCUGGUGCUGCCGGUAACGCUCGUGGACAUCAACGACAACGCGCCCGUCUUCAAUCAUGAAGUGUACGAGGCGAACGUGCUGGAGACAGCGCCGCCCAACACCCCCGUCAUCCGACUGAAGGUGACCGACCGCGACGAGGGCCGCAAUGCGCGUGUCUACAUUGAGAUAGUAGGCGGUAACGAGGGCGGCGAGUUCCGCCUCAACCCGGACACCGGCGUUCUGUACACCGCCACGCCGCUCGAUGCUGAGAACAAGGGAUUUUACACGCUCACCGUGUCCGCCAUAGACCAAGGCAACGCCGGCACGCGCAAACAGUCCUCUGCCAAAGUGAAGAUAUCCGUAGUGGACGCGAACGACAACGAUCCUGUUUUUGAACAGAGCGACAUGAAGGUAUUGGUGCCCGAAAACGGCCCGAGUGGUGCGGUGGUGGCGCGCGUGAUGGCGCGCGACGCGGACUCUGGGGACAACGCCUAUGUGUCGUACAGUAUCGCGAACCUGCAGCCUGUGCCCUUCGACGUGGACCACUUCUCCGGAGCCGUGCGCACUACACGCCUGCUAGACUACGAGAGCAUGCGUCGCGAGUACACACUGCGGAUUCGGGCUAGCGACUGGGGCCUGCCGUACCGCCGCCAGGCAGAGAUGCGUCUGCUCGUGCACCUAGACGAUGUCAACGACAACAGACCACAGUUCGAGCGCAUCGACUGCGUGGGUUACCUGCCCCGACGCCUUUCCAUCGGUUCUGAAAUCGUAACGCUCUCCGCUAUUGACUUCGACGCUGGGGACGUGGUAUCGUACAGAUUUAUCGGCGGUAACGAAGACAACUGCUUCGCUUUGGACUCGAGCACCGGCGUGGUGAGUCUCUCUUGCGACCUAGCCGACGUGCGCGCGGACUCGCGCGUUUUGAACGUGACUGCGACUGACGGCACACACUUCGCGGACUUCACGUCUCUCACGCUACACCUUGUGGCGGGCGGCGGCGACGGCGGUGCGCUCGAAUGCCGUGACACGGGCGUGGCGCGUCGCCUCACCGAGUUGCUCGCCGCUGCCGAGCGAAGUAACGCUCCGCUCGACUUCGCCGACGAGUUUCCACUAGCGCCUUCGCGUUACGGGGAGAAUAUACACGCACCUGAGUUCCUCGAUUUUCCAGUAGAAGUCAAGGUGAACGAGUCCGUCGCGUUAGGCACGUCACUGGUGCGCCUGCGUGCGCGCGACCGUGACCUCGGAUACAACGGGCUGCUCACAUAUGGCAUAUCUGGCGGAGACGCGGACUCCGCCUUUAGGAUCGACCCAGACACCGGCGAGCUCCAAGUGAUCGGCUACCUGGACCGUGAGCGCGAGAGCGAGUAUUAUCUGAACGUGACCGUGUACGACCUAGGAAGACCGCGGCGCUCCGCCUCGCGACUGCUGCCAGUCACCGUGCUCGACGUGAACGACAACGCGCCGCGCUUCACGAAGACCCUAGCCAGUUUCCGCGUUACAGAAAAUGCCAUCAACGGCACAGAAAUAUUCCGAGCUAACGCAAGUGAUCGCGACGCCGGAGAUUUCGGACAUGUCACGUACAGCGUCCACGGCGCCAGUGACGGAGAGUUCUGCAUCGAUCGCGAGUCGGGCGCGCUCACGGUGUGCGCGCCGCUGGACCGCGAGCGCCGCGCGCUCUACGAGCUCACCGUGCGCGCCAGCGACGGCGGCGGCCUGCAUGCGGACGCGUUGGUGCGCGUCGCCGUAGACGACGUCAACGACAACACGCCGCGCUUCGGGCUCACUUCAUACAGUGCACGCGUGCGCGAAGACGUGCCCGUCGGCACGCUCGUUGCCGUCCUGGAGGCCUUCGAUCCGGAUCUGGGCUCGGGUGGCGUCGUCACCUACUCGCUGCCGGACCAGCCUGAUGACGAAGCUGUGUUUAUCGUCGAAGCAACCUCCGGGACGCUACGCACCACCAAACUGUUGGAUUUCGAAGAACGCCAGGUAUAUGGGGUGACGGUGCGCGCGACGGACGGCGGGCAGCCGGCGCUGUGGGCGGAGGCGACCGUCAUCGUGGAGGUGGUGGACGUGGAUGAGAACCGCUACGCGCCCGCGUUCAGCGACCACGCGGUGGUGUCGGGCGCGGUGCGCGAGGACGCUGCGCGGGGGGCGCGGGUGUUGGCGGCGCCCGCCACCGACGCGGACGCGCCCGGCCGCGACUCGCGCCUCGCCUAUUACAUCGUGGCCGGCUCCGGCAUGGCGCACUUCUCCGUCGACGACGCCGGUGUGAUACGCACGCUAACGCCGCUCGACCGCGAGUCCGUCCCACACUACUGGCUCACGCUAUGCGCUGAAGACCAUGGGCUGGUGCCCAGACACUCGUGCGUUCAGGUGUACAUAGAAGUGGAAGAUGUGAACGACAUGGCGCCCUGGCCGGAGCGGGCGGCGUACACCGCGGCCGUGCCCGAGCACUGCGGCGGCGGCACGCGGGUGACGCGCGUGCGGGCGCACGACGCCGACGCCGCGCCGCGCCCGGCCAACAUCACCUACUCCAUCGUGGCCGGCAACCCCGACGGACUCUUCUCUAUAGAUGAUGCCACUGGCGAAAUAGUGACGACCGGUCGUAGCCUGGACCGCGAGGCGGCGGCGACGCAUGCGCUCGAGGUGCAAUGCUCGGACGGCGAGCUGGCGAGCACCACACGCGUGCACGUGCGCCUGCUCGACAUCAACGACCACGCGCCCGCCUUUACGCAGCGCUUCUACGACAUACGCACGCCCGCCGCGCCGGAUCCCAGCGUCGAUGUCGUGCCGCAGAGCGACGCAGCAGAUGGUGCUUCCGACGACAGCAGCGCCGAAUGGGACGCCGAUGAUGACGACGAAGGCUCCGGCUCCCGUGCCAACUGGGACUUCUACGCGGAUCCAUCACCGAACGGCAUCUAUCUCGCGACGGUGGUGGCGCUCGACCCCGACGAGGGCGUCAACGGCACGGUGCGGUACUGGUCGCGCGCACGCGGCGCCGCCCGCGGGCUGCUGCGCGUGCACGCCGACACCGGGCGGCUGUACGCGUCGCCGCGCCUGGCGCUGCGCGCGGGCGCCGCGCACGACGUGACGGUGCGCGCGUGCGACGGCGGCGGCGCGGGCGGCGCGCGUGCGCGGUGCGGCGUGGCGCGCGCGAGCGUGCGCGCGGUGGAGCGCGGCGGGGGCGCGGCGCCGUCGCUGGUGGCGCCGCCGCCGCUGCAGCUGGCCGAGCUGGACGCGCCCGGGUUCCUGCUGGCGGUGCUGCAAGCCACGGAUCCCGACGGCGACACUCUCUAUUAUGACAUCGUCGGUGGUGACCCACGACAUGAGUUUUAUGUUGGCCGCGAAGACGGCAGUUUAGUUCUGACACGACGUCUGCUAUGGGAGCGGCAAGCGUACUACUCACUGAACGUAUCCGUCACCGACGGACAGCACGUCGUCUACACCUUGGUGAAUAUUACGGUAAUUAAUGAUGCUAACGAAAACGGUGUAUCAUUCACUCGUGACGAGUAUGUAGUGGAAACAUCAGAGGCGACACGUGUCGGGGAGGCGCUGGUGGUGCUGCAGGCGAGCGCGGGGCUUGCGACGGAGGCGGGGGCGGGGGCGGGAGCGCGUCUGCUCUACGGACUGCACGCCGCCCGCGCGCCCGCCUCCCUCGGCCUCUUCAGACUGCACGAGCUCAGCGGCGUCCUGGAACUGGCGCAUCCCCUCGACAGAGAGAGCGCCAGCGUGCACGAGCUGACCGUGUGGGCGCGCGACCAGGCGCCGCGCGCGUCCGUGGCGUACGCGCGCGUGACCGUGCGCGUGCACGACGCCGACGAGCACGCGCCCACGUGGGGCCGCCGCCUGGCCGAGGCGCGCGUGUCCCGCGGGGCGGCGUCGGGCGCGCUGGUGGCCGCUCUGCGCGCCGCCGACGCCGACGCGGGCGACGCCGCUCGCGUGCUGUACUCUCUGGCGGGCGGCGACGCCGCCGGCCUGUUCGCGGUGGACGCGACGCUCGGCGACGUGACGCUGACGCGCGCGCUGCCGCCGCGGGGCCCGCCCGACUACACGCUGCACGUGCGAGCCUCCAAUCCCCCGCCCAGUGCACGCUUCUCCACGCUUCCUCUCCACGUGCUCGUAGUCGACCCCAGUGACGCGCCACCGAGAUUUCUCACAGAUGAUGUGGUGUGUGAGGUGUAUGAGAACGAACCAGCGGGCACGGCGUUGGUAACGGUGGAGGCGCGAAGUGCUACCUCUGCCUGGUACACGCUCGAAGGGGGCGAUGGCCUGUUUCGGUUGAAUCCGGCCGCCGGAUCCCUAUCAACGGCGGCACCUCUCGACUACGAAGCUCAGAACCAAUACAAUCUCACAAUCACAGCAGUAAACAUGGGCGGCGGCGCGGCGACGGCGCGAGUGACGGUGCACGUGCUGGACCGCAACGAGUUCCCGCCGCGGCUGCUGCGGCGCGAGUACCGCGGGCGCGCGUCCGAGGCGGCGCCGGCGGGCGCGCUCGUGCUCGCCGCCGACGCGCCCGACGCCGCGCCGCUCGUGCUGCUCACCGACGACGCCGACUCGCCCGCCAACCAACAGCGCACCUUCGAGAUCCUCGAGCCGGCCGCUGCGGCGCUGUUCCGCGUCGACCCCACCACGGCCGCGUUGCGACUCGCCGCGCCACUCGACUACGAAACGGAAAAACUGCAUCGAUUUACCGUCAGGGUUUCAGACGCGGGCGAACCGCGCCUACCGUCCGACAGCGCAGCCGUCGUAGUGGUGGAGGUGACCGACGUGAACGACUGCCCGCCGACGUUCUCGCAAGCGGUGUACGCGGCGACGGUGCUGCUGCCGACGUCGCGCGACGUGACAGUGGUGGCGCUGGAGGCGCGCGACGCGGACCUGCCGGCGGGCGGCGCGCUGGCCUUCGACGUGAUGGAGGGCGACGCGGGCGGCGCCUUCGCGCUGUCGGCGCGCGGCGUGCUGUCGGUGGCGCGCGCCGACGCGCUGGCGGAGCGGCACCUGCUGCGCGUGCGCGUGUCGGACGGCCGGUUCGCGGCGACGGCGCGCGUCGACGUGCGCGUGCGCGACGCAGACAACUCCGGACUCGCUUUCCAAAAAUCUGACUACUAUGGCUCUGUCGUUGAAAACUCUACAAAACCGACGACGAUAGCGGUCCUCAACGUGCUGGGAGCUGCACUCAACGAACAUAUCGAAUUCCACAUACUCAACCCGACCGAAGGAUUUGAGGUGGGCGUGACGUCAGGCGCGGUGCGCAGCACGGGCGUGGCGCUGGACCGCGAGCGCCGCGACUCCUACGAGCUCGUGUUGGAGGCGCGCAGCGUCGCCGCCGAGCCACGCGUGGCGCGAGCGCGUCUGCACGUCAGCGUCACCGACGUCAACGACAACUGCCCCGUGUUCGUCGAGCGUCCCUACGCGGCCGCCGUGCGCGCCGGCGCAGAGCCCGGCGCUCCCGUGCUACGCGUGCGCGCCGUCGACCUCGACGCCAACGACAACGGCGAGGUGCGGUACGAGAUGAAGCGCGGCCACGGCGAGCUGUUCCGUGUCGACCGGCGCACCGGACAGAUCACACUCAAGCAGACGAUUGAUGCGCACAACCAACUCUACACUUUGGUGAUCGCCGCGUUUGACGGGGGCGUGCCGGCGUGCGGCGCGGAGGCGGCGGUGUCGGUGCGCGUGUGGGCGGGCGGCGCGGCGCCGGGCUGGGAGCGCGCGCACUACGUGCUGGCGGCGCGCGAGGACGCGGCGGCCGGCGCGCCGCUGGCGCCCGCCCUGCGCGCGCGCUCGCCGCUCAACCGCCAGCUCAUCUACACGCUGCUGCACGACCGCGACGGACUCUUCGAGAUCCAGUUCGACACCGCACCCGACAGAGGCAAUAAUCCAUGCGCGGUGGCGGUACGAGGCACGCUGGACUACGAAACGGCGCGCGAACACGAGCUCGUGGUGCGCGCCACCGACGGCGUCACCGGCGCGUACGCCGACGCGGCCGUCACGGUGCGCGUGCUCGACGUCAACGACUGUGCGCCGCAGUUCACGCACGACGUGUACCACGCCUCCGUGUCCGAGGCAGCCGCCGUCGGCGACCUCGUGCUCACAGUGCACGCGCACGACAACGACACGGGUGCGAACGGCGAGGUGAGCUACUCGCUGAGCGCGGUGGAGGCGGGCGGCGAGGCGGGCGGCGCGGCGGGCGAGGCGUGGUUCGCGGUGGAGGCGCAGUCGGGCGCGGUGCGAGUGUCGGCGGCGCUGGACCGCGAGGCGCGCGCGCGGCACCACCUGCUGCUGCGCGCGGCGGACGCGGGCCGGCCGCCGCGACUCACCACCGCGCAUCUCUUCAUACAAGUGGAGGACGUGAACGACAACGCGCCGCGCGUGGAGCGCGCGGUGGUGGGCGCCACCGUGUCGCUGGAGGCGGCGCGCGGCGUGGCGCUGGCGCGCGUGGCGGCGUGGGACGCGGACGUGCGCGACGCGGCGCGGCUGCAGUACCGGCUGGCGGGCGCGGCGCCGCGCGCCUACUCGCUGCACGCGCGCUCGGGCGUGCUGCGCGUGGCGGCGCCGCAGGCGCUGGCGGACGCGCCGCGCUCACUCAACGUGUCGGUGUCGGACGGCGCGCACGCGGUGUUCGCGCGCGUGAAGGUGUCGCUGGCGGCGGCCAACCGCGCGCCGCCGCGCUUCCCGCACGUCGUGCACGAGGCGCGCGCGCUCGAGAACCAGCCGCCGCCGCUGCUGCUCACCACGGUAAAAGCAUAUGAUGACGACGGAGGCGAGUACGGUACUAUCACUUACUCGAUUCCUUCAGCGAAAUUGCGCGAAACCUUCGCAAUAGACGCGAACAGCGGCGCUCUCACUACGCGCGUGCCGCUGGACCGCGAGCGCCGCGCCGAGUGGGAGGUGCCCGUCACCGCCAGCGACGGCGGCGGCCUGCUGCGCCACACCACCGUGCGCGUGCGCGUCGCCGACCUCAACGACAACGCGCCCGCCUUCCCGCUGCGCGAGUACCGCGCCGCCGUGCGCUGCGACCGGCCCGUCGGCGCGCCCUUCCUCACGCUGGUCGCCGCCGACCCCGACGCCGGCGACCACGCGCGCCUCACCUACUCCGUGUACGAGGGGGACGCGCGCUCCGACGCCGCGGGCCUGUUCGCCGUCGACGCGCGGACCGGCGCGCUCUCCUUCGCGCGGGACGCGACGCCCUUCGCGUCGCGGGCGCUGCAGGUGUGGGUGCGGGCGCGGGACGGCGGCGGGCUGGCGGGCGAGGCGCCGGUGUCGGUGUUCGUGCUGGGCGCGGGCGAGGCGGCGCCGCGGCUGCAGUCGCCGCCGGCGGACGUGUUCCUGCGCGAGGACGCGGCGCCGGGCGCGCUGGUGGCGGAGCUGCGCGCGCAGGAGGCGGCGCCGGCGGAGGAGCUGCGGUUCCGGCUGGCGGCGAGCGGCGCGGCGGCGAGUCCGUUCGCGGUGGACGCGGGGGGCCGCCUGGUGCUGGCCGCGCCGCUGGACCGCGAGACCGCCACCGAGCAUCUCGUGGGCGUGAUCGCGGAGGGCGGCGGCAGUCCGGCGCCGGCCGCCAUGCUCGUGACGCGCGUGCACGUGCUCGACGUCAACGAGCACGCGCCCGCCUUCCACUCCGCGCCCUACGUCGUGCACCUCGCCGAGAACGCGCCGCCGCACUCCAGCCUCGUGCAGCUAAUGGCAGACGAUCCCGACUCCGGUGCGAAUGGUGAAGUGAGGUUUUCGUUCGCCGAGGGAGCCGAGGGUUCCGCGGCGAGCGCGCUGUUCGCCGUGGACCCGUACACGGGCUGGGUGACCACGCUGGCGCCGCUGGACCGCGAGGUGCAGCCCGAGCAUCGCCUGCCGCUGCUGGCCGCCGACGCGGGCUCGCCGCGGCGCGUCACGCGCGGCACGCUCGUCGUGCGGCUCGUGGACUACAACGACUGCCCGCCGGUGUUCCGCCGCGCCGAGUACCGCGCCGACGUGCCCGAGGACGCGGCGGCCGGCACGGUGGUGGCGCGGCUGGAGGUGGACGACGCGGACGCGGCGGGCGCGCCGCUGACGUUCUUCGUGUCGGAGGGCGACGCGCGUGCGCGGUUCCAGCUGCGGGCGUCGGGCGAGUUGUACGUCGCGCGCGCACUCGACCGCGAGCAGCAGUCGCGGUACGAUCUCACCGUCGCCGCCACUGACGGCAAGUUCACCGCCUACACGCGCGUCAGGGUCACCGUGCUCGACGUCAACGACAACCCGCCGUACUGCCUUCGACAUCGGUACCACGUGCGACUGCCGGAGGACGCCGCCAACGGGACGCACGUGAUCACGCUCGAGACGGAGGACGCCGACGAGCCGGCCAACGCCCGACUGCGUUACUACCUGAGCGGGGAGCUGGCGCACCACUUCUGGAUCGACAAGGAGUCGGGCGCCGUGCGCGUGCGUGCGGCGCUGGACCGCGAGGCGGCGCCGCGGUACUCGCUCACGGCGCACGCGCAGGACCGCGCGCGGCCGCGCUGGGAGUGCAGCUCGGAGCUGGGCGUGGAGCUGGACGACGUGAACGACAACGCGCCGCGCUUCUCCGCCGACACGUACAGCGUGACGCUGCCGGAGGACGCCGAGCUCGGCACACUCGUUGCGAAGGUACACGCCACAGACGCGGACCUCGGCGACAACCGACUCGUCCGCUACUCGUUGGCGGAGGAGGGCGGCGGCGCGUUCUCGCUGGCGGCCGACAGCGGCAUCAUCACCCUCCGCGCCGCCCUCGACCGCGAGACCCAGGCCGAGCACCGCCUCGUGGUGGUCGCCACCGACGCCGGCCGCCCGCCGCGCUCCGCCACCGCCACGCUGCGCCUCACCGUCGCCGACGUCAACGACAACCCGCCCGAGUUCGAGUUCCACCAGUACCGCGCCACCGUGCCCGAGAUCGACGCGCCCGGCACCGAGGUGCUGCGCGUGCGCGCCACGUCGCGCGACGCCGGCGUCAACGCAGACGUGUACUACUCCAUCAUAGCGGGCGACGACCGCGACGACUUUGCUCUGGACCGCGCGACCGGCGCGCUCUCUGUGGCGCGGCCUCUCGACUACGAACGGCGAAAAGAAUAUCUGCUGACCGUCCAGGCCAUCGACGGCGGCUCCCCUCCGCUCAGUGAUCGGGCAACUGUGAACGUGACUAUCACGGAUAGUAAUGACAACGCGCCUAAUUUUGGUCAGGCGUCGUAUGUGGCGCGCGUGCGUGAGGACGCUGCGGUCGGUACGCGGGUGCUGCAAGUGAUAGCGGAUGACGCCGACUCUGGCGCGAAUGGGCGCGUGACAUAUUCGGUGGUGCGCGGGGACCGGUCGGGCCGGUUCGCGCUGGACGCGGACACCGGCUACCUGUCGGUGGCGGCGCCGCUGGACCGCGAGGCCACGGCGGCGUACGUGCUGGAGCUGCGAGCCCGCGACCGCGGCGUGCCGGCGCUGGACUCCACCACGCGCGUCAACAUCGAGGUGCUCGACGCCAACGACAAUCCACCCAUGUUCGCUCAGACCAACUACACUGCUGUCGUGCAAGAAGACAGACCGCUCGGCCACACUAUUCUCAAGUUCGUGGUAGAGGACGCAGAUGCGGCGCCGAACGCGGCACCCUUCACUUUUGACUUUCAAUCUGGCAACGAAAUGGGAGCAUUCCGUCUCGAACAGGACGGGUCUCUGCGCUCGGCGACAAGAUUUAAUCAUCGUAUUAAGGACCGAUACGCGCUACAAAUUAGAGUGUUCGACAACGGCACUCCACCACUCUACUCAGACGCGUGGGUGUACAUCAGAGUUAUUGAAGAGUCACAGUACCCGCCUAUAGUGACACCGCUAGAAAUAAUUGUCAACUCAUAUUUGGAUGAAUUCCCGGGAGGCGUUAUAGGACGUGUAUUCGCUUCCGAUCGUGACGCCUAUGACACGCUGUCGUAUAGAAUCGCGCCAAUCGACGGUGCUCCUUACCCGCCUACUGACCUGUUCGAGAUCGACACCAACGACGGCACAUUGCGUGCGGCUCCACGCCUCGACGUCGGCGACUACCGACUCAACGUGUCUGUUGGAGACGGAAAAUUCAUAAGCUUCGCAAUCGUGCGCGUCACCGUCUCACUAAUUUCAGACGAGAUGUUGGCGCGUGCAGUGGUCAUCCGCUUCAGAGAAGUCACCGAACGCGAUUUCGUUCUCAGCCAUCGCAAAGGAUUCGUGAGAGCGGUCGCCGAGGCCACCGAUCGCGAGCCAAGCGACGUAGUCAUCAUCAGCGUGCAACAAUCUGGCGACAGCCCCGAUGCGGGGGGACACACGGCCACCCGGACUCGUCGCCAAAUCGCGCAAGAUCUAGACGUGGCGUUCGCGGUGCGCGUCGGCGGAGGGUUCCUGCCGGCCGACGCGCUGCGGCGCCAGCUGCACGCGCACCUCGAGCGCGUCGAGGAGCGCGCGCGGCUCGUCGUGGAGACGCUCGUGCGCGUCGCGUGCGGCGCCGGCUGCGGCCGCGGCGUCUGCGUGGAGCGCGUGCGCGUGGCCGAGGGCAAGGCGCGCGUCGCGGCCACCGACGUCGUCGCCUUCGUGGCGCCGCUGCACCGCCUCACCGCCGAGUGCGCCUGCAACGCCGGCUUCGGUGGCGAGCGAUGCGAACUCGACGUCGGCGAGUGCACGGACUGUCAUACGCCCACAGUGGUGCAGUUCCUCGGCGACGGGUACCUCGCCUACCGAGUGGAGCGCGGCGCCGUUGACGGGGCGCGCGUGCCGGACGACGAACUCGUGCUGGCGCUACGGUUUCGCACGAGACGCGAGCGCGGGACGCUGAUGGCUGCCUCGGGACGUAUCGAUUACGCCGUGUUGGAAGUUGCCGAAGGAUAUUUGCAGUUCAGAAUGGAGUUGGGAUCCGGUCCGGCCAUGGUGAGGGCCGCCGUGCCGGUGGCGGAUGGUGCGUGGCAUGAAGCGCGACUGGAGCGUCGCGGCGCCGCGAUGCGCCUCACCGUCGACAGACGCAGCGCGCACGCGCAGACCCCCCCGCCUGCAGCUGUACUUGAUGCUAGAGCCGAUCGUCUCCUCUUCGGUGCGACGCUGCUACGACACGCACAUGCUUUUGCCGCCGAGCAGGUGACAUAUGGAUUUGAGGGUUGUAUGGCUGAAUUGAAGCUGGGCGGUGUAGAGCUGCCGCUGGAAGAGAGCGGCACGUCCCGCGACGGUCGGGCGCAGCUGUCGCGGCGCGUGCGCGUGCGCUCCGGUGUGGAGUGCGCGCCGCUGGCUCCACCCACGCCGUGUGCUUCCUACCCGUGCAUGAACGGCGGUACGUGUCGCGAUGCCGCCGCGUUGCUCGAGGGCGAGGGCGAGGGGGAGGGCUUCGCGUGCGCAUGCCAUGCGCGCUUCGCUGGGCGACGUUGCGAGGUAGACACGGACCCGUGCGCGUCGCAGCCGUGCCUGCACGGCGGGUCGUGCGCAGCAGUGGCGGCGGCGACAGUGGCGGCGGGCGGCGGAUUCCGGUGCGCGUGCGCGCGCGGGCUGGCGGGCGAGCGUUGCGAGCGCGGGCGGUGGUGCGCGCCGGGCGUGUGCGCACACGGCGGCGCAUGCGAGGAGGGCGACUGGGGCCCGUCGUGUCGCUGUCGCGGGUACUAUGGGCCGCGCUGCGAGCUCGACGUGGACGAAUGCGCGGGCGAGCCGUGUCUCAACGGCGCCACCUGCCUCAACGAACCGGGAUCCUUCCGUUGCCUGUGCCCGCCCGAUAAAACAGGAAUGAACUGUGGCAACCCGCUGUACUCUGACGCGGUGGUGGCGGGCGGCGCGGGCGGGGCGGGCGCUCGCGCGCUCGGCGAGGCGUGGCGCUGGGCGUGCGCCGAGCGCUGGCCGCUGGCGGCGGCGGGCGGCGCGCUGCUGCUGCUGCUGCUGGUGGCCGUGGCCGCGCCGCUCGCGCUCCGCCGCCGCGCCCGCCGCGCGCCGCGCCGCAAGUCCGCCGAGGCCGAGCCGCUCAACAGUCGCGCCGCCGACAAACUGCCGCCGCGUGCCGAGAAACUCUCCAACCUGGAGGCCGUGAGACGCGAGCGACCCGCCUCCUGUGCCGACCCCCCGCCGCUCAACAACGUCGACACUCUCCGCAGUUACGGCUCGGCCGGAGACGAGCUCGAGGGCAUCCCGCCAGACUACCGACGAAAUCUCAACAUCGACGUCGUCGACCGUAAGCCGUGGUCCGAACAAAUGCACCUGCAUACGUUUGUCGACAACAAAAUUUAUAAUGAUUUAAAAGGCAGUAGACCGCGAGGCCGACCGCGGUCUCCGCACCUGGUGGGCGGCUACCACUGGGAUUGUUCCGACUGGUGCGGCGGCGGCGGCGCACUGCCCGGCAUCAGUGAGGUGGCGGGUUCCGAGCGACCAGACUCGUCGUCACCGGCUUCGCCGCCGUCGCCGCCCGCGAGCCCGCCCCCGCGUCGUGUCCCGCGUCUGUCUCGCCCGACACUCGACACUGAUUCGGCGCCAGACGACGCCGACUCGGAACGACCAGAUGCGUCAGCGUACUUGGUACAUCCGGACACAUACCUACCGCGCGCCUCGUCAGAUUCGGAGCCGCUGCGGGCGCGUUCGCUCCGGGAGCCCGACGCGGCCAGUCUCAUAACCAUGCUGGAAGAGCGUAACUCGCUGCUGGGCGGCGACGAAGUGGGUUCGUGCAGUGAGCUGUCGGCACACCUGUGCGAGAUCGAGGAGUCGGACGCGGAAACGGAGCCGCCGCCGCCCCCCGCGCGCCACACCGACGUGUGACGGCGGCGCGCGGCCCGAGAGCCGCCCUCCGCCCUCGCCGCCCCCCGCGCCGCCGCAACCCGCCCCGCGGCGCGCGGCCUCUAGCCGACUCGAGCUUCGGCACGAAACUGUCCGAGUCUUGCCAGCGAUGUUCGAGUGUCAUCGAUGGACUAAGCCUGACAGAGUUCGACAUCACUUGGCUGUGCGUAGUGACAAUCGAAUUCCAACGAACCGUGUUAGUUGUUUGCAUCAAAUGUGAUAAAUCGUCCGACUGUGCGAGUGCAGGUUCAGUGAACAGUGAACGAAUAAGUGAAAUGUGAUCGAUGUCUUGCCGAAUUGUUGAACGUGUGCGGACCGUGUCAGUAAAGUGUGAAUGCCGUAUCGUUCGCAAAUGAUUUAUGUUGUAAAUACAUCAUUAUCUUAUACACUUGUACAUAUUUUGUAGCAUAAUAUUGUAAUAUUGGAUUGGACAGGGCAGUCGACUUCGGUACCUCCACAUGACAUAAUAUCAUUAUGUAAGUGAAUGUUGGAGGCGCUAGUCCGCAGCGCCUCGCCCGGCCGGUCGCGGCGCGUGCGGCGGUGUGCAGAGCGCCGCGCCGCGCAUGCGCUGUACAGACGCGCCGCUCUAUGUACCGGCGAGUGUGCACGCCGCUUGUCUCAUUUAGAUGAGUUCAAAAUUUAUUUGAGGAAAAUGAUUUUGUAAGCGUGUAACGAUCUCCUCCGCGCAAUUGUCGCGAUUUAGAUAAUUUUAUAACAAAAUAACGUGCCUACCGUCUGUCAACAAUCUAUUCUUAUAUUGUAUAAUGUAAACAUUGGACUAUAAUUUUGUAAAUUUUCCGACUCCUCGCUCGUAAGCGUUAGAUUAUAACGUAGAUAGGGAACACAUUGGUGGCGGCCGGCCGCCGGUCACGUGUCGGUCCCGUGCCGGCCGCGUGUCGGUCCCGUGCCGGCCGCUCACCCGCAAGACUGGACCGGGCAGACCUGUCUGUACUCACGUGUCACGUGUCAUGGUGCUCCGAGCGUAGACUCAUAUCAUACUUUAGUCGCGGCCCGGUCUCCCUCUAGGCUAGCGAAUUAGAGCGGCGAAUCUAUUUUUGUACGAAUGUGGAGCGAGCUGGGCCGGUGGCGCGACGCCUCUCCGCCGCGGCGUGUCCGCUGCGUGUUUGCUGCGACGCCACUAUGCUAUGUACUGACGCCACUGUGUUAGGCUUUUGCUGGCUCUGGCUAUGUUGGUAAUAUUAUGCCCAAGUCGAGUGCAACUUUGAGUUGUUUUUGUGAAGUGAUUUAGUCACUGGGGACAAACCGAAAA